UUGUUUACUGUCUCUCAGCGUCCCUUGUCGAUACUUUGCGCAGGCCUCCAUCUCUAUCCCUUUUUUGUCCCUCUGUACAUGUCAAAGUAAUCCGCCGACGCGCCCCAAACCGCAAGAAAGCUGCUUGCCUGUCAUCAAUCCGUGAUCACCAUCCUCCGACGCGCCGCCCUGGCUUCUCCGUCCAUGUCCUCCUAAGUCGGGCCUGUCUGCCACCCGCGACGAGGCGCGAUGAGGUUCGAGGAGGACUUCACCCAAAAGGCGAUUGCUCAGACGGGCUCCUUCACUGGGUAUCGACCUCUGUUGGGCCUUGGCCAUGGAUAUCUCACCGCCAGCGCAGAGCGCGAACACCCCCUCUGCGGGAACGUGGAGGGAUGGGGCCCCUUGAGCCCCUUUCGAUAUGACCUCACACCUUGCUUCAUCGACGUCUGGGUCGCCUCGGUCGCCGUCUUCGGGCUCGUCUUUGGACCACUGGCUAUCUGGUGGCUGGUGGCUAAGAAAACACAAUAUCCGGUCUCCAAGGAUGCGCAGUUUUGGGUCAAGCAGACCGUCCUCGCACUCGUAAUCGCCGACUUCAUCGCUCAGCUCGUAUUCCAGUUCUUGAGCUACGGAACCAACGUCGCGUUUGGCGAUUUUCGCGUCUGGACAACAACCCUCACCAUACUGUCGCUUUUCGUUGUAUUCACUAUACAAUGGCUUGAGCACGACCGUCUCCGAAACGCGAACGGCGUCGUGCUGCUCUACUGGCUCUUCCUUCUCAUCGCACUUGCCGUCAAGUUCCGAUCCCUGAUAUCCCAACAGAUUUACGCCUCCGACCUGCCAUUCUUCGUCGUGUACACCGUCGGCUUCGGCCUAGCUGCGGUGGAUUUCCUGGUGGAGUGGCUCUGGCCGAGACAGCAGAGCGCGUAUGAGGCCUUGGUGGAUGAGGAUGAGUCGCCGGCCGAGUACGCCACUGUCUUCUCCCAGCUCACUUUCUCGUGGAUGACCCCCAUGAUGAAGUAUGGGUAUAAGGAAUUUAUCACCGAGGACGAUCUAUGGGGCUUGGUCAAAGCGGACAGGUCGAGAACGACGGGUGAGGCCUUCAACCAGGCGUGGCAAUCCCAGCUGAAGCGCAAGAACGGCCCUUCGCUGUGGCGCGCCCUGUUCCAUGCAUAUGGCGGGCCGUAUGCGGUUGCUGCCCUCUUCAAGAUUGGAAACGAUAUCUCGGCCUUCACGCAACCCCAGCUGUUGCGGUUCCUCAUCGCCUUCGUUGCCUCCUACGGAUCUGAAGGUGGAACUACCGGGGAACCCCAGCCUGUGAUCCAGGGCGCUGCCAUCGCGCUGGCAAUGUUCGGAGUCGCCACAUUCCAGACAGCCAUGAUUCACCAAUACUUCCAACUUGCGUUCGUCACCGGCCUGCGGAUCAAGGGUGGGCUGACGUCGGCCAUCUACCGCAAAUCUCUUCGUCUGUCCAACGAAGGCCGCGCCACCAAGACGACCGGUGACAUCGUCAACUAUAUGGCUGUCGAUGCACAGCGGCUGCAGGAUCUCACCCAGUUCGGCCAGCAGAUCUGGUCUGCCCCGUUCCAGAUCUUUAUCUGCAUGUUCUCCCUGUACCAGCUCGUGGGAUGGUCCAUGCUUGCAGGUAUUGCCGUCAUGAUCAUCAUGAUCCCGAUCAACGGAGUUGUUGCUCGCUUCAUGAAGAACCUCCAGAAGACGCAGAUGAAGAACAAGGACGCCAGGAGUCGGCUGAUUGCUGAGAUCAUCAACAACAUGAAGAGCAUCAAGCUGUACGCCUGGGGUGCUGCCUUUAUGAACAAGCUUAGCUACGUCCGUAACGACCUUGAGCUGAAGAACCUGAGAAGGAUCGGCGCUGCACAGGCCUUUGCCAACUUCACUUGGAACACCUCGCCGUUCCUGGUGUCCUGCUUGACCUUUACGGUGUUCGUCCUGACAAACGACAAGCCGCUCACAACCGAGAUCGUGUUCCCGGCGCUGGCCCUCUUCAAUCUGCUGUCGUUCCCACUGGCAAUGCUCCCCAUGGUCAUUACCUCGAUCGUUGAGGGUGCUGUCGCGGUCAAGAGACUGAGUGAUUUCCUCACCGCGGAAGAGAUCCAGCCCGACGCGACCCAGUUUCUUCCAGCAGUCGAGGAGAUGGGUGAAGAUACUGUCGUCGUCCGAGAUGGCACCUUCUCCUGGAAUCGCCACGAGAGCAAGAACUGCCUGAAGGACAUCAACUUCCGGGCAUGCAAGGGCGAGCUAUCAUGUGUCAUCGGCAGGGUUGGCGCUGGCAAGUCGUCUUUCCUACAGAGCAUUCUUGGAGAUAUCUGGAAGGUCAAGGGUCAUGUUGAACUUCAUGGGUCGGUUGCCUAUGUCGCGCAGCAACCUUGGAUCAUGAACGCUACGGUCAGGGAGAACAUCAUAUUCGGGUACCGAUAUGACUCCAACUUCUACGAAAAGACCGUGAAGGCCUGUGCUCUACUGGACGACUUUGCCCAACUGCCGGAUGGCGACGAGACCGUAGUUGGCGAACGGGGCAUCUCUUUGAGUGGCGGACAAAAGGCAAGGGUUGCGCUGGCCAGGGCCGUUUAUGCCAGAGCCGACGUGUACCUUCUUGAUGACUGUCUGUCUGCGGUGGACUCUCAUGUCGGUCGGCACAUUAUCGACAAUGUGCUUGGAAAGGAGGGCCUUCUCAAGUCCAAGACGCGCAUUCUCGCGACCAACUCAAUCCCGGUGCUCUCGGAAUCCGACUACAUCUGCAUGCUGAAGGAUGGCGAGGUUGUUGAGAACGGCACCUUUGGCCAGCUGGUGGCGAUGAAAGGCCUGGUCGCCGAUCUUAUCAAGUCGAUUGGCAAGAGCGGCUCGUCGUCGCCGGCUACUUCGGGUUCGGCCAACGGCUCUGACAGCGAGACCUCGACGAUCAUCAAUGCUUCCGGUACUAACAAGACCAACGAGGAACUGGAGGAGCUGGAGGAGGCUCAGGAGAGGUUGCCUGCGCUCGAAGCAAUCAAGCCCUCGGGAUCCUCUGCUCCUAAGCCACGGGCUGGCAGCAUGGCCACUCUGAGGCGUCCGAGUACUGCAAGCUUCAGGGGGGGCCGAGGCAAACUGUCGGAUGAAGAGCUCAACGGCGCCAAGACCAAGCAGAACAAGGAACACUCUGAGCAGGGCAAGGUCAAGUGGGAUGUCUACCUCGAGUACGCCAAAACCGCCAACCUCGCUGCUGUUUGCGUCUAUCUUGUGGCUCUUGUCGCGGCUCAAUCUGCAAGUAUCGGCGGCAACGUCUGGCUCAAAGAGUGGUCUGACGAGAACAAGAAAUCCGGCGUGAAUGUGAACGUUGGGAAAUUCAUCGGCAUCUACUUUGCCUUCGGGUUCGGCUCUUCGCUUUUGACGCUCAUCCAGACUCUGAUCCAGUGGAUUUUCUGCUCAAUCGAGGCCUCGAGGAAGCUGCACGAGAGGAUGGCGACAGCCAUUUUCCGAUCGCCAAUGUCGUUCUUCGACGUCACCCCGGCGGGCAGGAUUCUCAACAGAUUCUCCAGCGACAUUUACCGAGUCGACGAGGUGCUUGCCAGGACCUUCAAUAUGCUCUUCGUGAACCUGGCCAAAUCGGGCUUCACACUGGUGGUCAUCUCGAUCUCGGUCCCGCCCUUUAUUGCCCUCAUCAUUCCGUUGGCCCUGAUGUACUACGGGAUCCAGAGGUACUAUCUGAGGACGUCACGCGAACUCAAGCGGCUUGACAGUAUCAGCAGGAGUCCCAUCUAUGCCCACUUCCAAGAGUCCCUGGGUGGCAUCUCAACCAUCCGCGCAUACCGACAUCAGCCGAGGUUCGAGCUGGAGAGCCAGUGGCGCGUUGAUGCAAACCUGCGGGCUUAUUUCCCUUCGAUCAGUGCGAACCGAUGGCUCGCCAUCCGGCUCGAGUUCAUUGGUGCUCUUGUCAUCUUCUCCGCUGCCGGGUUUGCCGUCUUCCUGUGCGCCAUUGACAGCCCCAUGAAGCCCAGCGCGGGCUGGGUUGGUCUGGCCAUGUCGUAUGGACUACAGAUCACGACGUCGCUCAACUGGAUUGUCCGCCAGUCAGUCGAGGUGGAGACCAACAUCGUGUCGGUGGAGAGGGUGCUCGAGUACGCAAGGCUUCCCAGCGAGGCGCCCGAGAUUGUGCGGCGCAACCGGCCACCCAUCAGCUGGCCGGCCAAGGGUGCGGUCGAGUUCAACAACUACAGUACACGCUACCGGGAAGGACUGGACCUGGUGCUGAAGAACAUCACUCUCGACAUCAAAUCUCACGAGAAGAUUGGAGUGGUGGGUCGGACAGGCGCGGGUAAGUCGUCGCUCACCCUGGCGCUCUUCCGAAUCAUCGAACCCGCCAGCGGUAAUAUCGACAUCGACGACGUGAACACGUCAAACAUCGGGCUUCUUGAUCUUCGCCGCCGGCUGGCCAUCAUCCCCCAGGAUGCGGCUCUGUUUGAGGGUACCGUCCGUGACAACCUUGACCCCGGCCAUGUCCAUGACGACACGGAGCUCUGGAGCGUGCUCGAACACGCACGACUGAAGGAUCACGUUGCCAGCAUGGACGGCGGUCUGGAGGCCAAGAUCAACGAAGGAGGCUCGAACCUUUCCCAGGGGCAGCGGCAACUCGUGUCGCUGGCGCGCGCAAUGCUCACUCCCUCAAACAUCCUGGUCUUGGACGAGGCGACAGCGGCGGUGGAUGUGCAGACGGACGCGCUACUGCAGCAGACUCUGCGGUCGCCUCUCUUCUCGCACAAGACCAUCAUCACCGUGGCGCACCGCAUCAACACGAUUCUCGACAGUGAUCGGGUCGUGGUGCUGGACAAGGGUGAGGUGGCCGAAUUUGGUCCGCCGCAGGAACUAAUCGCGAAGAAGGGUGCUUUCUAUUCGUUGGUCAAGCAGGCCGACCUGACCGAGUGAGCAUAGUAUGACAUGGCCUUGGCUGGAUGCUAACGGCACCCCGACAAGCAGUUCUGGAUUGCAAAAGCACUCAUUGAGCGGACAUGUUUUCAUCUACCUGUCUGUACUUGAACACUUGAGUACCUAUCUAUUUACCUUACCUACUCGAUAUGUACAAGUACCCGACUCGCCCUCGAACUCCAACCUGUCGGUUGAUGGCGAGGAAGUUGACUAGGAUGUGGGAUGUUGGAAAAUACGGUAUACGUGUCAGACAGGACAAAAUCAGAAUGCGAUAUCUGAGCUGAGGAUGGGACUACGGGACACGCAAGGCGAUAAUCUACAAAUGAGGACACAUGUGACAGAUCAGCCAACGAUGGCCCGGGGCCGGACGAGCAACACCUGACGGGCACAUGCUCCGGUGCAACUGCAAUUACUGUUUCGCAC